AUGCCUCGGGAGCAGCAAGCUGGUUGCACCCUACUCCUCACAUUCCUGGGUCUGGCUGGGCUGGUUGGCGCAGUUACCAGAACAUACCACAUUGGGAUUGUGGAAGAAUACUGGAACUAUGUACCCCGCGGGAAGAACAUUAUUACUGGGAAAAGUUUCGCAGAAGACAAACUUGCGACCUUAUAUCUCGAAAGAGGGCCCAACAGGAUAGGCAGUAUUUACAAAAAGGCCAUUUACAGACAUUACACAGAUGGGACCUAUUCCACGGAGAUCCCCAAACCCUCCUGGCUUGGGUUCCUGGGCCCAAUAUUGAGGGCUGAAGUGGAUGAUGUGAUUGUCAUUCACUUGAAGAACUUCGCUUCCCGGCCCUACUCCUUGCAUCCUCAUGGUGUUUUCUACAACAAGGAUUCAGAAGGUAACUAUGAGACCCGCAUCUUCUUCCGGGACUUUUACUCUUUUUUUUUUUUAAUGUGCCUGGUAGGUGCCCUGAAUAAAUAUUCAGGGACAAGGACGGAUGUGGACCGAGAGUUUGUUAUAAUGUUCACCCUGGUGGAUGAGAACCAAAGCUGGUACCUCAACGAAAAUAUCAGACACUUCUGCACUGAUCCCAACUCAGUUGACAAGGAAGAUGCUGUUUUCCAGAGGAGUAACAAAAUGCAUGCCGGAAUGCUGGGGCAAUACAAUGUUGGCACUUGCGAACGUGUUAGCUCCCAUCCCAAGAUGAAGGGCCAACAGAGGCGCUACUUUAUUGCUGCUGAAAAAAUCCUAUGGGACUAUGGUCCUCAAGGCUACAACAAAUUCAGUGGUCUUCCCCUGAAUGCUUCUGGCAGUGACUCUGAACCCUACUUCACACAAGGAGACAACAGAAUCGGAGGAAAAUAUUGGAAGGCUCAUUACACGGAGUAUACUGAUGCAACUUUUACGCGAAGAAAGAGAGUCUCUGAGGCAGAAGCACAUCUUGGGAUUCUUGGACCCGUCAUCAAGGCAGAAGUAGGCGAUACCCUGUUGGUGACCUUCGCCAACAAAGCAGACAAGGUCUACAGUAUGCUGCCCCACGGGGUGGUUUACGACAAGACGUCCGAUGCAGCCCCGAACAUCGAUGGGUUUCUGAAACCAGGGGCACAUGUGAAGCCAGGUGAAACCUUCACCUACAGAUGGACGGUGCCCGAAAGCGUAAGCCCGACCGAUGGCGACCCACCCUGUCUGACCUAUCUUUACUUCUCAGCAGUGGAGCCCAUCAAGGACACCAGCUCUGGCCUUGUGGGGCCUCUGCUGGUCUGUAAAAGGGGCACUCUCAAUGCCGAUGGGACACAGAAAGGAAUGGACAAGGAAUUUUACCUCCUGUUCACGGUCUUUGAUGAGAAUCUGAGCAGGUAUCUUGAUGAAAACAUUCAGAAGUUUACCUGGCGACCCCUCAGUGUUGACAGAGAGGACAAAGAGUUUGUGAAAUCCAACCAGAUGCAUGCUAUUAAUGGCUAUAUGUACGGCAACCAGCCAGGCCUAAUCAUGUGCAAAAAGGAUCGAGUCUCCUGGCAUAUGAUUGGAAUGGGCACCGACACCGACAUGCAUGGCGUUGAUUUCCAGGGGAACACCAUCCAUCUCCGGGGGACGCACAGAGACACCCUGGCCCUGUUCCCCCACACCUCCACCACAGCAUUUAUGCAGCCAGAUCACGCAGGCAUUUUCAGGGUGUUUUGUUCCACGAUGCCCCACUUCAUGAGAGGCAUGAAUCAGAUCUACGAAGUCAACAGCUGCGACAAUAAGGACCUUUCUGAGCAGCCAUACGGGAUGAUAAGAACCUUUUACAUCGCUGCUGACGAGGUAGAAUGGGAUUAUGCCCCUAACAAAAACUGGGAGUUCGAAAAGCAGCACUUGGACGCAGGAGGGGAAAGGCAUGGAGACAUAUUUAUGAACCACACGGAAAAUUGGAUCGGCUCUCAGUACAAGAAGGUGGUUUACAGGGAAUACACCAACGGAGAAUUUGUGGAGAUCAAGGCCCGGCGGCCCCGCGAGCAGCACUUAGAGCUCCUGGGCCCAAUGAUUCACGCAGAGGUGGGCGAUUCCAUCCUCAUCAUCUUUAAGAACAAAGCCAGUCGGCCCUACUCCAUCUCAGCCCAAGGCGUGGAGGAUGUGGAGAGUGGGAAACAGCUCCAGGUGCCCAGCACGGAACCAGGAGAAAUAAAAACUUACAGAUGGGAUAUCCCCAAAAGGUCAGGCCCUGGGCCCUCGGACCCAAAUUGUAUUCCAUGGGUUUAUUACUCAACAGUAAACUUCAUGAAGGACACAUACAGCGGUUUGAUGGGCCCUCUGAUCACGUGCAGAGAAGGCGUGCUGAAUGAAAAGGGAAGGAGAACGGACGUGGAUUAUGAAUUUGCUCUCUUGUUUCUGGUAUUUAAUGAGAAUGAAUCCUGGUAUCUGGAUGACAAUAUAAAGAAAUACCUCAACAAGGAUCCACGGCAUUUUAAGCACACUGAUGAUUUUGAGGAGAGCAACAAAAUGCAUGCCAUUAAUGGGAAGAUUUUUGGAAAUCUCCAUGGGCUCAUAAUGAAUGAAGAUACCAUGACAAACUGGUAUUUGUUAGGAAUUGGAAGUGAAGUGGACAUACAUACCAUCCAUUAUCACGCAGAGAGCUUUCUUUUCAAAACAGAUCAGUCUUACCGAGAAGAUGUGUUUGAUCUCUUUCCCGGGACCUUCCAAACCAUCGAACUGUAUGCGGAUCACCCAGGGACGUGGCUGCUACACUGUCAUGUGUCUGACCACAUCCACGCUGGCAUGGAGACGACCUACACGGUCCUCCGGAACCUAGACAAUAUGGUCCCGUACUCUACCAAGUCUCCUUCGGAAGAAGAAGCUCACCCGGCCCCUGUGCCCUCUGAUCCCUCUGAUGAAGAACCCAAUAAGGAGAAGCUUUUUUUCUUCGGCAAGAACCUGGGUCCCAGAGGAGCCAAAGCAGCCUUGGUCAUCCUUUUCAUCAUCGGACUCAUCCUCGUGAUGGCCACGGUGACCCUCUCUCUCCGGCUCCACUCUCUGAAGAGGCAGGUGGCAUACCAGGUGGUCCAGUCCUGCGCUCUGCCCACAGAUGCUCUGUGA